AUGUACUGGAGUGGCAACAGCGGCGGCCAGGUUGACCAAUCUGAUUGGAAGAAGUUUUCUCGACAUAUACUUGUUGCAGGAUUGAAUUCAUCUUUGAGAAAGGGCGAACCGAGCAGUCAUUUGAGCCCUGCCCAGCGAAAUUUGUGGAAUGCCAAUGCAGCAUCGGUGCUUUCUUCAGCCUACAUCCAGAAAUACAUAGACGUUAGGCUUUAUGCAUUUGGAUGUGUUGAAAAGAAUUUCACCUUCUCAACCGAUUCCGGCUACGACUAUCUCGACCUCAACUUCCAGCCGCUAUCCAUUACCAGCUUACAAGCAUUACCAAGUCACAAGUACCUGAUAGACGUUGACGGCAAUGGAUACAGCGUUCCCAUCAAGGCGACGAUAUACGGCGAGUGGCACGGCUCUAGACUUAUCCCUUGGAAGGAUUUUGUACCCCUUGAUGACAAGUUUCAAAGUAUCCGGAAUAUUGCAGAGUACUACCUUGGGGUACCAGCUUUGUCUUCUGGCCAGGCAGCAACUGAGUCCUUGCGCCUUGAGGGCCACGAUACACAAGCCAGAGCCAUUGCGAAUUCAGGUGCCGAAUGGCCAAGACGGUCCUGA